CAGCGGCAUUUUCAAUAUUGCGUCACCGGUUAUCCGGACAACUAAUUUUUCUUAGAGUAAUUAUUAUUAUUCGCCAAAACUUCAUUACAACCACUAAAGGCUUCUUGCCUUCUUCUUCAUUAAUACUUUCAAAAAUCACACAAAAAUGUUUCUGCUAAAUCUCAGGUGUAUAGUUAUAAGCUUGAUUAUUCUACUGAGAUUUAUCGUAUUAAGUGAAGCAGAAGCAUCAUAUGGAGCUUACAAAGUCAAAGUCAUCAAUGAAUUCCCUCACGAUCCCCAAGCUUACACUCAGGGGCUUCUCUAUGCCGAAAACAACACGCUCUUUGAAUCAACUGGGCUUUACGGACGUUCAUCGGUUAGAAAAGUUGCGCUGCUGAACGGUAAGGUUGAGACUCUUCAUGAAAUGCAAUAUUCUGACUUUGGAGAAGGUUUGACUCUUCUUGGUGAGAGGUUGUUCCAACUAACAUGGUUGCAGGAUACCGGUUUCAUAUAUGAUCGAUACAACUUCAGCAAAUUCAAAAUGUUUACUCAUCACAUGCAAGAUGGUUGGGGAUUGGCAACUGAUGGGGAAGUACUUUUUGGAAGUGAUGGAACAUCAACAUUAUAUAAGAUUGACCCUAAGACAAUGAAAGUCAUCAGAAAACAAGUUGUCAAGUCUCAAGGGCAUGAAGUGCACUACCUCAAUGAGCUGGAGUAUGUGAAAGAUGAAGUCUGGGCAAAUGUCUAUGAGACUGAUUGCAUUGCUAGAAUUUCACCAAAAGAUGGCACUGUUAUUGGGUGGAUUCUCCUUCAAUCUCUGAGAGAAGAUUUAACAUCAAAGGGCUAUAAGGACUUUGAGGUCCUAAAUGGAAUCGCAUGGGACAGAGAUGGUGACCGUAUUUUUGUGACCGGGAAACUAUGGCCAAAGAUUUUCGAGAUCAAGUUGCUCCCCCUCGCACCAAAUGCUCCAUUAAUGGGAGAAAUCAAUAACUUGUGCAUUCCAAAACCAUUCUAUCUUGGAAAAUUAGAGAGCUGAUUAUGUUCAUCAUUUCUCAUGUAAACUUUUGAAGCUGUAUUUAGCAAACAUUUCAUUUCUUGAUCACCUCAUCCUAUACGUCUAUUGCUAUGUAUAAAAUCAGCUACUUAUGCUGCUGCGACAUAACUAAAAAUAAAAUAAGGCAGUGUAAGUUGAAAUAA